AUGGCGGCGGCGGCGGUGGAAGAAAUAUGUUCAUGUUUACCAGAGGAAUUAUUGGAGUGCGCCUUCAAAUACCUCCACAGCGACAACUACAGUUUCAUGUCACUCUCCCUCGUCUCCAAACAGUUUCUGUACAUCACAAACCGUAUACGAUUCUUCGCCACAAUCACGGAUGAAACCAUUCCUUUCCUUCCUCGCCUCUUCCACUGCUUCUCUAACCUCACCUCACUCAACCUCACUAUCGUACCCAAAACCGUAGAAGAAGUGAACGCUCUUCUAACCCUAAUCUCCACUUUCCCUUUAGACAUCAAAUCACUCAGUCUAUGCCCCACACGCAUAUUCAGACCCAUUUAG